CAAACAUUGUGCUAAAUGAGGUCAUUUGUGUUGUGUUUUUUGUGCCAUUGCCAGCGUAGCCUAUCCUGUAAUGACUGUGUAACAGCGCGGUGUGUCCCAGCAGCUCCACAGCUGCAACGAGGAGGCACACUGGAGGAGGAACAAACAUGGCGACCGGCUAUGCGUGGUUUCUUGUGCUGGGGUCGGUUUUUCUGUGUAAUCUCAUGAAAACACUCCUGCCGUCCAUAUCCUCUUUCCUCUCAAAGAUGGUGCAGAAAGAUGCUGAGCAGGAGAGUGAGAUGAGGGCUGAAAUCCAGGAGAUGAAGAAGGAGCAGUCCUCCAUUAGCAUGAUGGAUGAGUUUGCUAGAUAUGCCAGGUUGGAGCGCAAAAUCAACAAGAUGACAGACAAGCUGAAAACACACGUGAAAUCCAGAACAGCACAACAAGCCAAAAUGAAAUGGGUUGUAAACAUUGUGUUUUAUAUACUGCAGGCUGCUGUGAUGAUCUCCUUGAUAUGGAAGUAUUACUCUGAUCCAGUGACGGUGGUACCCAGCAAAUGGAUUGCCCCUGUGGAGCGCCUUGUGGCCUUCCCAACAGGAGUGGCAGGUGGAGUGGGAAUCACAUGCUGGUUGGUGGUUUGCAACAAAGUAGUUACACUGGGUCUCCAUGCUGUCAGCUAGAUGCUCCAGUUCAAUACACUGGUUUUCUAACUUAUUGCUCAACUUAUUGCUCAAGCCACAGUUUUUUUUUGUCUUUUUUUGUAUCAGCUUCUUCAGGUUAACAUGUAAAAAAUGCAGAGCAUUUUGUUUGUCUCAUGUUGCAACGUAAUAUUUUGGUGAUUCAUUUUGUUAUUUCCUGUUAAUUUUAAGUUAAUUGUAAGGAUGUUUUGACUGUAUAUUAUUUCAAAACAAUGAUGUGAUGGUGUUGAUGCCUUUUUAAGAAAAGACAAUAAAAGAAAAGCUUUUAUUUCUUGUAAUGUUAUAAA